AUGAGGACGCGUCGCUACGAGCAGCCAUCGAAAGUCGUCGAAAAUGACAAACUUGACAUGCUCUAUGCGUAUCUCCUGCUCCUACCUAAAGCAUUCGGAGACAUCGUGACGGGGAAAGAAUCGAAAAAACUUCACUUCAUCGUCCCAAUACUUGCCUGCGUUUGUGGGCAUUUUGAUGGAGAAGUCCGGAUUCUCGCCGAAAAGACAGUUACCGGGAAACGAGAGUUACACCUCGAUAUCGAACGCGUUCGCGGGGGUGGUUGGAAAAGACAGUUGUAA